AUGGCAUCCCUCAAAGGCCCAGGCAAAGCAGAUGUUUAUGACGGAUCGAGUCUUCGAAUAGCCAUUGUGCACGCACGAUGGAACAUCCCUAUAAUCGAUGCCCUUGUCUCAGGAGCAAAAAACAAAAUGAUUAGCUUGGGCGUGAAAGAGGAAAACAUCAUUGUUGAAACCGUUCCUGGGAGUUAUGAAUUACCAUUCGCUGUUCAAAGGGUCUACAUGGCUUCUCGUGUACAGGCGGUUUGCGUUUCUGGGACAGAGAGCGCAACGGCAGACCUCUUGUCCUCAUGUACCCCGGAACUCAAAGAAUCGAGUACCUCCAAACACGCAAGACCGGUUCCAUUUGAUGCCGUAAUUGCCAUUGGUGUCCUGAUAAAAGGCGAAACCAUGCAUUUUGAAUACAUUGCAGAAUCAGUCUCGCAUGGCCUGAUGCGAGUACAGCUUGAUUCUGGUGCUCCCGUUAUAUUUGGGUUACUUACUGUUUUAACUGAGGAACAAGGUUUAGUAAGAUCAGGCCUCUUGGACGAUAAGAAUGGGAGCCGUCAUAAUCACGGGGAGGAUUGGGGCUCUGCUGCUGUCGAGCUUGGUACUAAAAAGAGAGCAUGGGAGGGAGGAAAGCUGCGUUGGACAUUUAAUUGA